CAGGAAUUCCCCUCACUCCGGCUGUUGGGUUUCAAGCUUCGUGGGGCUUCCCAUUGGAAUUCAGAGAUGCUUCCGUGCGCCCCGAGCGUCCUUCUGGCGACCCUCCUGGCCGUGGCCGGAGCCCCGGAGCCCGCGCCCCCCUGCGAGUCCGAGAUGAACAAGAUCAAGGACCUGCUGCAGGUGAGCUGCGUGGGGAAGGGGCUGAGCAGCGUCCCCGCCGGGCUGCCCAGUGACACGGGCAUCUUGCUGCUGGGCUCCAACCGCCUGAGCCGCGUCUCGCUGGCCUCCUUCCAGCACCUGAGCGCUUUGGUGGAGCUCGACCUGUCCAACAACAGCCUGACCGCCCUGGACACCGGCGGCGCCCCGCUGCCGGGCCUCCAGCAGCUCGACCUGUCGCACAACGGCCUGCGGAGCCUGCCCGCCUUGCAGGGGAUGCCCGCGCUGAAGCACCUGGAUCUGGCGCACAACGCGCUCUCGCGGCUGCCGGCGGGGGGAUUCCGCGCCCUGCGCGCCCUGGAGAAGCUGGAGCUGCAGGGCAACGGGAUCCGGGAUCUGCCCGAGGCAGCCUUCGAGGGGCUGCAGGAGCUGAAGGACGUGGACCUGGCCGACAACCUGCUGGAGGAGCUGCCUGGGGGGCUGCUGGCCGGGCUGGGCAACCUCGAGAUUCUGCGCCUGGAGAGGAACCGGCUGCAGAGGGUGCCCACCGGCUUCUUCCCCGCGGAGAACUACUUCGUGUACCUGUACCUGGCGGAGAACCCCUGGGUGUGCGACUGCGCGCUGGCCUACCUGCGCGAUUACAUCGUGGAGAACGAGGGCAGCGUGUAUACUCGCGUCGUGCAAGGCCCCGGGAAGGAGAUCACCGAGCACAAGCCCGAGAGCGUGGAGUGCCAGGAGCCCGCUUCCGAGAAGGGGCGCCCGGUCAUGCACUUCCAGGCGCACUGCAAGGGGCCCGAGGGAGACAGCGACGGGGGCCCGAUACUGCCCUCCACCACCCCUACGCCAGCCACGAGUGUCGCUCUCUUCUUUUCCUUUCUUCUUUCUGCCUUUCUUUUCUUUUUUUAAGAUUAGAUAGCUG